AGGCACCAGGGCGCUGGGACGGCAAAGAUGUCGGCUUCCUUAGUCCCGGCAACUGUCCCGGCUGUGAGCAAGAGGAAGCUACAGCCCACCCGGGCUACUCUCACCCUGACACCUGCAGCCGUAAACAAGAUAAAGCAGCUUCUUAAAGAUAAACCUGAGCAUGUAGGUGUAAAAGGUGGUGUCCGAACCAGGGGCUGUAAUGGCCUUUCUUAUACUCCAGAAUAUACAAAGACAAAAGGAGAUUCUGAGGAAGAAGUUAUUCAAGAUGGAGUCAGAGUAUUCAUUGAAAAGAAAGCACAGCUAACACUUUUAGGAAUAGAAAUGGACUAUGUUGAAGACAAAUUAUCCAGUGAGUUUGUGUUCAAUAACCCAAACAUCAAAGGAACUUGUGGCUGUGGAGGAAGCUUUCAUAUUUGAAAUCUCAGGACUCUUCUGGCUGGAGGUUCCAGGAAAGCUGGUGGAAGCCUUGGGGCUCACUGCAUAAAUCACGUGACAGUCACAUGCUUAAUGUAUGGCUGCCUUGUAAGAAAAAUAAAGUGAUGCAUUUUGAAAAUGAAGCCAAUGUUAGAUCCAGAAGAAAUAAUCUUUAUAUUCUCUGUAGGGAAGAGAAAAUGAGAAGCCAUCACUGUCUUUGGAUCAUUUAGAUCUCUUGCAUCCUUUGUUUUAGAACCAGUUUUAUUAAUUGACUUCCUGGGCACCUGUUCCUUCAUUUCCUGAACCGUGUGCUUAGACCUCUAUUGAAUGGCUUGAACAUGCUUCUCCCUCAGCAUUUCUCCCA